AUGGCUUCGGCGGAUGUUCCGGAUCUGGACGAAGAAUUGCUGGCUCUGGCAAUUCAAUGCAAGGUGCCCGAGGCAUACCAUCAGUGCCUCUCAGGCUUCGAUGUUCCUCUUUUCGGCUGUUUGGCCACUCUCCUCGAGAAGGUUUCUGCCCCGGAAUCCGCCGCUGAGAUCUUGCUGGUUCAGGCUUCAUUUCGGCUUCUCUUUCAGAAAUGCACUAACCAAGCAGCCGCUUCGCAAGGCUCUGAGCCCAAAGCUCCUUCCUCGGCUUCGACAUCUGGGUGGGUUGAGCAGUUCCCGCCAAAGUUGUCAGGUGAGCAGGUCAUCCAGCUGCGUUCCGCCUUUGGAGCGUCCUAUCCGGACGAAGUGUUGGACCACGAGAACACCCCAGGCAGUCGCAUGUUGGCUCUUACUUCGAAGGUGAUGCAGCCGGGUGAGCUUAAGUGGAUACCCUGGAAGUUUCGGAUGAGCAAGGCUCAAGAGGAAGCUUUCAACCUUCGCCGGCCCUCCAAGGUCCCGAAGUUCGAGGACUUCAUCUACGAUGAGAUUCCAGCUCGAGAACUUCCGCAAGGCCAAGUUGGCGCAUCAUUUCUUCAAGGGGUGCUCGGCCUCAUGUCGGUGUCGGCAUCCUUGGUGCAAGGGGCACAUCUCCACAAUCUUCGCCUCUAUGAGCGCAAGUUCAUCAAGUUGGCAUGCUCACGCUUGGAAGGUUCGACUGGCCUCAGACAACCUAACAUCGAGGAGUUACAGGCUGCCGACCGACAUCUCUGGGGUAUCAUGGCUGACUUGGUCAACGUGCACAAGUGGACGUUGAAUGAUGCCUUGACUGAGGUGGUUGAAAUCCGCGGUGAUAUGUCAGCCAUGCUCCAGCCACGUGCAGCUGUCUCUAAGUUUCGGCCAGAGGGCAGGAAGGGUGAUGGCAAGAAGGGCCGUCCCCCUCAGGAGUCUUCAUCUGGCAAGGGUGGCAAAGGUCAGCGCUGA